CUUAAUAUUGGGAAGAUAGAUAUCAAAGAGAUCCUGAACCAUUUGAUUGGUAUUAAAGAUUUAGCGGAAUAAAAAAUUUACUUAUUUAAUAUCUAACAGUUGAUAGUAUGAUAUUAGAUGUUGGAGCAGGAAGUUCAAGUUAAAAUAAAAUAAAGAUUUAAAAAUAUCAAAUAAAAAAAAGGAUUAAGUGAAGAACUUUAUGAUGAAGAUUACUAAAAUAUUACAAGCAUAGAUAUAUCAUAGACAGUGGUAAAAAAUAUGAAUGAAAAAUACAAAGAUAAGGGGAGCAAUUUUAAAUAUUUAUAAAUGGAUGUUAGAGAACUAUAGUUUAGUGCUAAAUAAUUUGAUUUUGUGAUUGAUAAAGGAACUUUAGAUUGCAUUUUAUGCGGCGAAUGUUCUACUGCUAAUUCAUAUAAAGCAUUACAAGAAAUAUAUAGAGUAUUAACUAAUAAAGGAAUAUAUUUUCUAAUUUCUUAUGGUUCGCCUGAAAAUAGGAAAAAUAUUUUACAGAGACCUGAAUUCUAAUGGGAUAUAAUCGAACAGUAAAUAGCUAAACCAAAGGUUUCUAUUGAUGAUGGUUAGGAAAAAUAUCAUUAUAUUUAUAUUUGCAAAAAAAAUGUUGAAGAAGAAAAUACUGAAUUAAAUUGA